AUGGUUGUAGUAACAAAAGAUCGAGAAAUUAUUAAGAAUUUGAUAUCUCAAGCUCUGGGGACUCUGUGCAAAACUCAGCUGUCCUUCAAGUCAAAGAUCACAAUCGACGCCCUGGUAGGUGUAACUAUCGACCACAACGAGGUUUUACUAAUCACUGUCAAAGAGGACAUUGAUCUUCCGGGGUGUGUUGUUGAAAAUAAAAAUUUUCAAAGAAGUUCUAAUCAUGGAAGCAUCAACUGCGCACGUACUUCGUUGACAUCUAACUCGCAAAUAUCGCCAUUUAGUUUCAAUAAUAUUAACAAUAAUAACGACACUCUGUCAAGCUUCUGUGAUAAUCCGACCAAUGGUGGUGUUUUAAAUAACACUUGCAAUAUCAAUAGUAAUGUUAUUAAUAACCACAGCAACAGUGUUAGCAUUGCUGGGGAUAGGAAUUCAGGUGCUCUCUCUUUCCCUCAUUUCAAAUUAACAUCUUCAUCUCAAUCAAACAACAAUGAUGUAGAUGUUAAUAUUCUAUGUCGCCCUAAUCUAAAUCUCGUAAAAAAUUUUUUUGAUUUCUCGAAAGGCUACAGCAAUAUAAAUCAAAGAGUAGAUCCCGAUCAUGAUUAUUCAUUAAAAAGCUCUAUAACAGUUAUUGCUCCAGAUAAUGAUGGAGAAGAUGAGGAGGAGGAAGAUGAAGAUGGGAGUUUUAAAAGUAAACGUGAAAGAGUUGCUAAUGUUAGUUCAAAUGACGACUCAUAUGUCACCGAGACUAAUAAUCCAACGUCAACUGGGAGUACAAAUGCACCUCAGGAUUUUACUUCACCACCAACCACAAACGAUUGUGUCAGUCAGCAUGUGAAGAAAAAGAACAUUUUCUCAAGACUGAUAUUAACUGAUAAAUUAAAAGCUCGACAGAAUGAAUUUGAAUCUAACAGCGUUUUUGAGAAGAUGAAUUCAAAGAAAAAGAAAUUGAAUCUGUUUUCCACACGAGACAAAACAACCAGCACCAUUAGCAACAGCAGCAACAACAACAGAUCACUUACAUCUCUAUCGUCUCUCUAUUAUUCCAAUGACACAAUUGCAUUUCAUCAGACAGCUGCCGAUUGUCGACUGUAUUAUGAUUUCAUCAGUAGGAAGAGGAAGGCCAGUGAUGUGCUUAACCUCAACAUUGGCAACAGUGACACACCUUGUCUUAAUGUUAAUGACCACAAUAUUGAUGACAACAACAAUAGCAGCAAUAAUAACGCUAAUGCUGUUGAGAAGGCCACCGAUUACACCACAGUGAAAAUAAAAACAGAACCUCCUGAUGCUCUUCCUGAAAUUUCAUCAGUUGCAGCUGCUACUACUGCAGCUGCCACCAUUACUGCUACUACAGCUACCACUUCUACAGCUACCAAUGCCACAGCUAUUGCUACUUUCAAUAAAAAUGUUGAUGUGUGUGAUGCAGACAAGCUGGGCAGCAAAGUUGAUGAUGAUAAUGAAAAUGGUGAAGCUGAUGUGAACAGUGAUUACAACAUGAGGAAAUAUCAGAUCAAAGAUGCAGAACAGGAUGUUCAUGAUGAUAGCAAAGAUUCGUCUCAGGAUGAUAAAAAUGAUGUUGGUUCUGUUAUUAAAAGUGGUGUCAAUGAUGACAAAGACGAUGAAGGCCAAGGAAACAGCAAUGUUAAUAGUAAUAAUAGUGAGGAAGAGGCUGACGAUUGUAAUGUUUCAGCAACGAGCAUUCGUCGAGUGAAAUUCAAGCAGCAACAGCAGCAGCAACAACAACAACUGCAGCUAUGCAAGUUUGAGGAAUCAUCCUCCUCAAAUGAAAAUGACAAUAACAAGGGUGCUCUAUUGAACCUCGUCUCAAUCUCAAAGUUCCCCGUGCCCUCGACGAAUCUACCCUGGGUCGACUUCCAGAACAUGCUGAUCAAGAGCUGGAGAAGGAACCACAACGAAGACAUGAUGGUCAAACCCGCUGCUAUUCUUAUGAUUCAAAUGGUUGCUCUUAAUUGA